AUGGCUACCAUCCUGUUUGGUCUACUGAAGAACCCGUCCGCUAUGAAGACGGUCACGGAAGAGAUUAGAUCCACCUUCGCCUCAGAAGACGAGAUCACAGUAGCAAGCACGUCCAACCUGAAGUAUCUUGACGCAGUAAUCAACGAAGGCAUACGGCUCGGUCCACCAUCUUCUGUGACCGUACCCCGAGUCGUAUCUGCAGCAGGUGCCAUGAUUUGCGGUCAAUGGGUGCCAGGUAAUACCCUGGUCGGAGUAAACCAAUAUCCGGCCUUUCGCUCACCUACAAAUUUCAGCAAGCCGAAUCAAUUCAUCCCAGAGCGUUUCUUGGCUGGUGCAGGCUUCGAUGACAAUCACGACUCUUUCCAUCCUUUCCUUCUCGGCCGACAUCAGUGCAUCGGCAUUCGCUUCGCUUGGGCAGAGAUGCGUCUGGUCCUGGCGAGGAUGCUCUAUACAUAUGAUAUCAGUUUCGAUACACAGCCAAGUAUCAAGGACUGGGGAGAGCAGCAGACGUUCAUCUUUUGGCAGAAGGAUCCGAUCAACGUUCGACUGAGAAGAAGACAGAUGUAG